CCAGGGUUGAGGGCUACACUCGGGGGUGCAGAGCGGGAGACGCUGCUGCCCCAGCCAAGGCUUCGGGGUCCCACAGCUCCUCCUUGUGGCAGAGUAGGGGAACAGCGUGUCCUUUAUUCGCCCCCAUCCACCACUACCGCAACCACCACCACCCCCCUCUCUUAUGCCUAUCCCUUUAAGGGGCUGGCGGAGCCGCGGAGGGGUAGGACUGUACCACCAGCGGCGGGCUGCGCGGGGAGAAUUUCGGACUGGCUGGCCCUCGCGGCUGCAACUUCGAAGGGAAGCCCGGUCCGGAGAGGCCUCACGGUCUCAGAUGAGGGUCACGUUCCCCGGGGGAGGGUCUGGGGGCCCCGGAGGCCGAAAACUGGGACUGGUAAGCUGGAGGCCAGCCCACCGUCCCGCCCCAGCCGCGAGUCCUGCCGGGGGCCCGCCCGCGCGCUGAAUUCUUAAAGGGGCAGCGGGGCGGGGCGGAGCCAGCAGAGGUGCUGUGCCGGGGCGAGCUGGUGGAGCGGACCGGGCUGGCCCCGGGGCAGCUGUGGCCAUGGCGUGGAUCCUGGCGGUGCCCCUUGCGAGUUCCUGAACUGGUGCCAGGCAGGUGACACAGUCUUCCUGCAGCCCUCAGCAUGUGGGCAGGCCCAGGCCCCGCCGUCACACUGGCCCUGGUGCUGGCGGUGGCAUGGGCCACGGAGCUUAAGCCCACAGCACCACCCAUCUUCACGGGCCGGCCCUUUGUGGUCGCGUGGGACGUCCCUACACAGGACUGUGGCCCGCGCCUCAAGGUGCCACUGGACCUGAAGGCCUUUGACGUUCAGGCCUCGCCUAAUGAGGGUUUUGUAAACCAGAACAUCACCAUCUUCUACCGCAACCGGCUGGGCCUGUAUCCGCAUUCUGACUCGGAUGGGAGGCCCGUUCAUGGUGGCGUGCCGCAGAAUGGCAGCCUCUGGGCACACCUGAAGAUGCUGCAGAACCAUGUGGAGCACUACAUUCGCACGCAGGAGACUGCAGGCCUGGCAGUCAUCGACUGGGAGGACUGGCGGCCUGUAUGGGUACGCAACUGGCAGGACAAGGACGUGUACCGCCGGUGGUCACGCCAGCUGGUGGCCAACAUGCACCCCGACUGGCCACCGGACCGUGUGGGCAAACAGGCACAAUAUGAGUUUGAGUUUGCUGCCCGGCAGUUCAUGCUGGAAACGCUGCGCUGGGUCAAGGCAGUGCGGCCUAGGCAGCUCUGGGGCUUCUACCUCUUCCCCGACUGCUACAACCAUGACUAUGUACAGAACUGGGCCAGCUACACAGGCCGCUGCCCUGACGUCGAGGUUGCCCGCAACGACCAGCUGGCCUGGCUGUGGGCAGAGAGCACAGCCCUCUUCCCCUCUGUUUACCUGGACGAGACCCUCGCCUCCUCUGCCCACGGCCGCAAGUUUGUCAGCUUCCGUGUACGAGAGGCCCUUCGCGUGGCUCACAACCACCAUGCCAACUACGUCCUCCCAGUCUAUGUCUUCACGCGGCCCACCUACAGCCGCAAGCUCACGGGGCUCAGCGAGAUGGACCUCAUCUCCACUAUUGGCGAGAGCGCGGCCCUGGGCGCAGCUGGUGUCAUCCUUUGGGGCGAUGCAGGGUACACCACCAGCACGGUUCUCUUAGGCCUUCCUCGUGCCAUGGCAGCUCACCUCCUGCUCGUCUGCGCUCUCUUCCUGUCCUUGCUCAGCCUGGCUCAAGGCUCCAGGGGCCCCGUGGUACUGAACCAGCCCUUCACCACCAUCUGGAAUGCAAACACCCAGCGGUGCCUCGAGAGGCACGGUGUGGACGUGGAUGUCAGCAUCUUUGAUGUGGUGGCCAACCCGGGGCAGACCUUCCGUGGCCCUGACAUGACCAUUUUCUACAGCUACCAACUGGGCACCUACCCCUACUACACAACUGCUGGGGAGCCCGUGUUUGGUGGCCUGCCCCAGAAUGCCAGCCUGGACAACCACCUGGCCUGCACAUUCCAGGACAUACUGGCUGCCAUGCCUGCACCUGACUUUUCAGGACUUGCAGUCAUUGACUGGGAGGCAUGGCGCCCACGCUGGGCCUUCAACUGGGAUGCCAAGGACAUUUAUCGGCAGCGCUCACGGGCACUGGUACAGGCGCAGCACCCUGACUGGCUGGAUCCUUUGGUGGAGGCAGCAGCCCAGGAUCAAUUCCAGAGGGCUGCACAAGCUUGGAUGGCGGGCACUCUCCAACUGGGGAGGGCACUACGGCCUCGUGGCCUCUGGGGCUUCUAUGGCUUCCCUGACUGCUACAACUAUGACUUUUUAAGCCCCAACUACACAGGCCAGUGCUCACCAGGCAUCCGUUCCCAGAACGACCAGCUGGGAUGGCUGUGGAACCAGAGCCGAGCCCUCUACCCCAGCAUCUAUAUGCCUGCUGCUCUGGAGGGCACAGGAAAGGCCCAGAUGUUUGUGCGGCACCGCCUGGGUGAGGCUUUCCGUGUGGCCUCAGGUGCUAGAGACCCUGACCUGCCAGUGCUGCCCUAUGUCCAGAUCUUCUAUGACAUGACAAACCACUUCCUGCCCCUGGAGGAGCUGGAGCACAGCCUGGGGGAGAGUGUGGCCCAGGGGGCAGCAGGAGUGGUGUUCUGGGUGAGCUGGGAGAACACAAGAACCAAGGAAUCAUGUCAGGCCAUCAAGGAGUAUGUGGACACCAGGCUGGGGCCCUUCAUCCUGAAUGUGACCAGUGGGGCUCUCCUCUGCAGUCAAGCCUUGUGCUCUGGGCAUGGCCGCUGUGCCCGCCGCUCCAGCCACUCCGAAGCCCUCCUCAUCCUCAACCCCGCCAGUUUCUCCAUCCAACUCACACCUGGUGGUGGGCCCCUGACCCUGCGGGGUGCCCUGUCACUUGAAGAUCAGGCACGGAUGGCUGUGGAGUUCAAAUGUCACUGCUACCAUGGCUGGAGGGGAACACAGUGUGAGCAGCAGGGCAUGUGAUAACUGGCCACGGACUGAGAUGCACACCUUGAGCACCCAGUGCACCCCGGGGCCUGGCCAUGGCCUUCUCAGGUACAGGCAUGGUCACACAAACGGUCACAGUCGGGAGUACACUCCACAACGUCACAGGCUCACAGCCCAGCACACACACGCAGGCUCACAGCCAGGAAUAGUCACAUAAGAAGCCAGAGCCAUGAGAAACACCAUUGGCUCCAUGUCCACAGGCACCCAUCCAGCAGGGUCCUAGGCUGCUCCAGACACUAAGCCAGUCUUUAAAUUGCAGAAAUCACAAGAGCUGGCAUUCACCAAGCACCUACUCUCUGCUAAGCUCUGUGCUAAGCAUUUUAGCAACAAGGCUGUGAGGAAAUUGAGGCACAACACAGGAAGGAUACUGUGUUCAAAGUUGCCCAUCCAGGAAUGAAGGGGAGAAGCCGAGAUUCGAACUCAGGCUGUCUGGCUCCAGAGGUGGAGUCUUUGAGUUCCUACUGUGUGCUGAUGGUAACCAGCCCCGCACAACCCCUGAAUCCGCUCCAAGGCACUAGCGCCGCAUAGCCCCGCAAAUAAAGCAGACCUGAUUCUUACUUCAA